AUGCUCAGAACUGGUACGCUGCUCCUACUUCUGCUCAGCGUCAUGCAGCCCAAGCUAACAGCAGCAAANGCCGGUCUCAACGUUGUUCGCAUGAACUUCUCGCACGGCUCGUACGAGUACCACCAGUCUGUCAUUGACAACGCCCGUGAGGCCGAGAGAACCCAGAACGGUCGUCCCGUUGCCAUUGCUCUUGACACCAAGGGUCCUGAGAUCAGAACCGGCAACACCGUCGGCGACCAGGACUACCCCAUUAGCGCCGGCACCGAGAUCAACAUCACCACCGACGACAAGUACGCCACUGCUUCCGACGACAAGAACAUGUAA